AUGUGUACCAAUGCGUGUAAAACAAAAAUACGGUAUUAUGAUUUUACGUCUUUGUAUCCGUAUGUUCAGAAAAUUAAUGUAUUUCCCGUAAAACAUCCUGAAAUUGUGCGCGGUGUAGAAAAAUGUAGCAAACUUAAUUUGGGGUUUGUAUUUGGAUUGAUUAAAUGUAAGAUACUUCCGCCUAAAAAUCUUUUAUUUCCUGUUAUUCCUUAUCGGACCACUAAAUUAACAUUUCCACUAUGUCGUACUUGUGCAGAUAAUUUAUGCGAUGUUUGCACACACAAUAAGGAAGAACGCGUGUUAUACGGCACAUGGACAAGUGUAGAAAUACAAGUGGUGCUGAAACACGGUUAUAGGGUAAAGGAAGUUUACGAAGUAUAUAAUUAUAAGCAGCGUGAGAAAAUCUUUGAUACAUAUGUCAACACUUUUAUGAAAUUAAAACAGGAAAGCAGCGGGUUGCCAAAAAACUGCUAUGAUAUUCAGGGUAAUGUAGACGAGAAAAAAGUCAACGAAUAUGUAGAGGAAUAUUUUAGACAUGAGGGUGUGCAAUUGGAUGCCAGUAAAAUUUCAUAUAAUCCCGGACAAAGAUCAGUUAUGAAAGCGUUGUUAAAUUCAUUAUGGGGUAAAUUAGCACAAAAUGAAAAUGUACCCAUUGUAUCGUUUGUUGAUCGUUUUCACGACUUAUUAGAAAUGGUUAACGAUUUAAGUAUUGAAGUAACAUCACUAGAUUUUAUAAGCGACGACAUAGCACGCACAACACAUCGAAAGGUUUCGUCCUUGGUAACUUUACCAAACAGAAAUGUAGUUAUAGCGGCAUUUGUACCAGCGUAUGCACGUUUAGAACUAUUUAAAGUUUUACAUAAAUUGGGGGAGGACGUUUUGUAUUACGAUACUGAUUCUGUGAUAUAUGUGGAAAAUAUUGAAAAAGGACACGUUUUAAAAACCGGUAGUUAUUUGGGGCAACUGACGGAUGAAUUAUAUGAUAAAAAAGCGAAAAGUGAAAAAUGGAUAGAAACGUUCUGUGCUACUGGUCCAAAAUCAUAUUCGUAUCGAACCAAUGAAUAUAUUAAUGAGGAUGGUGAUAAAAAACGUGAUGAGAUUGUUUAUGUUAAGGGGUUUUCGUUAAAAGGCGAUACUAAAAAGAAAAUUACUUUUGAUAGCAUUCAACAAUGCGUGCACGAUCGAAAAAAAAAAAUCACAACAUUUUAUACGGAAUUUACGCGGUCAAAUAAUCAAACAAUAAAUGUUCAGCAAGUUCAGAAAAAAUUUCAAUUUACAUUUGAUAAACGUAUUAUUCGUAAUGAUUUUACGACCGUUCCUUACGGGUAUAUUGAUGCAUAA